AUGCAACCAGCUUCCCAGAAGCUGCUAUACGAUGAAUCUCAGAACGAAGGAAUUGGAACAUGGUCCGUUGCUAAUUCAAGAGAUGUUGAUAACCGUUCAAGGAAACGCCGUAGUAUACUACCCGCCAUUGUCAUUGCCUUAUUGAUGUUCCUUGUUGGAAUCACAGUAGGAGCAACUCUUCAUGCUGUGCUUUUUCCAGAUGGAGAUUCUCCACUCAGUAUCAUAGCUAGUUUAACAGAUUCACACGGGCUUAUCAAUCACAAAAAACAUGUGAAUGCCUCUGAAGAAGUCAUAGACGAAGAUGAUGAAUCCGAUGAACGGUCUUUGAGAGUGGCGAUUGAGUCAGGAGAGAAAAAAGGAACUGCUGACACCGCAGACGAUGAUGAUGAUGAAGUCUUCUGUAAGAAGUUCAUCUGGAACAGUAGGCGUCUGCCCGAAACUUCUCAACCUAUCAUGUAUAACUUAACCAUUCAUCCGAAUGUUACAAGUAACAAAUUGGUUGGAAUAGUAAAUAUCAAUCUUAAGAUCAUGUCCGCCACAAAGCAUAUCGUUUUACACGCUGAUGAUCUGGCCAUGACGUCUUUCAAACUCUCGAUUGAUCAUGAACCGACCAAAGCCAAAUUCGAAGAUUGCAAAGAACUGGAUCAAUGGUCUUUUGAAGUUGAAAAGAAAUUGGAACCUGGCACAGAAGCUUCUCUGUACAUCGAGUACGAGGGCUUAGUGGCUAACGACUUGGUUGGUCUCUACAUAACUACGCACACUGAUAAGAAAGACAAGAAAACGAGAUCAGCAGUAACCCAGUUUGAACCAUCAUAUGCUCGACGCAUGUUCCCAUGCUUCGAUGAGCCCACCUAUAAAGCUCAGUUCCAACUUUCAGUAAUUCGUGAUCCUCAUCACGUAGUCCGCUCCAACAUGAAACUACAUAAAUCCCAUGAACAAACAGAUGGGUUGAUGAAGGAUGUGUUCGAGAAAUCCGUCAAAAUGAGCACUUAUUUGUUGGCAGUAGCAAUUUUAGAUGAUUAUGAUUAUGUGAAGAGAACGACAAAGAAAACCAAAGAUCCUAUUGAGGUGAGACUCUAUGCCCCACGACCUGCUCUUAAAGGACAGUCAGAGUUCGGACUAGACACAGCCAUCAGAGCCUUAGAGUACUUCGAAGAUUACUUCAAUAUUUCCUACCCCUUAGAUAAAAUGGAUCUGUUGGCUGUGGACGAUUUCGGAGAAGGCGCUAUGGAGAACUGGGGUCUUGUCAUUUUCCGAGAUUCAGUACUUUUGUAUUCGGAAGGAUCUACGAGUGCUAUUACUAAAGAACAAAUAGCCUUAGUUAUUUGCCAUGAGAUUGCUCAUCAGUGGUUCGGUAACUUGGUCACCAUGGAAUGGUGGAACGAUCUCUGGCUUAAUGAAGGAUUCGCCAACUACAUGGAAUACAGAUGUGUGAAUAAUCUCUUCCCCGACUGGAACAUAAUGACUAGAUUUUAUGUGGAUAAUGUAGCCUUCUCACAUGAACCUGACGGCUUAACAUCUUCUCGCGCCAUUGCUGCACCAUUAGGUAAGAACAGCAAGAAUAUCAUGUCACUCUUCGACGCCAUCAGUUACCAUAAGCCAGCAGCUAUAAUUCAUAUGAUACAAUCAUUAGCUGGUGAAGUUAAUUUCCAGAGGGCUUUAGUAGAAUACCUCAAUAAGUACGCGUAUGAGAAUGCCAAAGGAUCUCAGCUCUGGGCAAUCAUGGAGAAGCACGCUCAUUUACCAGAUGGAAUUUCAAUGCAGUCAUUAGCAACGGCGUACACCACUCAGGUCGGAUAUCCAGUAGUGCACGUGAAAAUGGAGAAAGAUGAGAUUACAAUCUCCAAUCAAACCAGAUUUUUGUUCAAAGAGAACCAAACGGACUCAGUAACUCAGUGGCCGAUACCUAUUUAUUACCGAACUGAUAGCAAGGAAGAGGUUAAACUUCAAUGGCUGAAGCCAGAGCAAGAACGAGUGAGUUGGGCCCAACCUUCAAACACCAAAUGGGUGAUUGCCAACUCGGGAGGUGUAGCAUACUUGAAAGUUCAAUAUGAUACUGAAACCUACGGUGAAUUGACAAAGAUGUUGAAAGACAACUACACGGCAAUAUCAGCCGUUGAUCGUGUGAUGCUUCUAGUGGAUGCAUUCGACUUCUCAAAAACAUCAGAUGUAGCUAUUGAUGUUUAUUUAAACCUUUUGGAAUAUGCUGAAGAUGAAGAUGACCGUAUGUCUUGGACAUUAAUUGGAAAACAACUCAAGAAUAUCGAAACUUUGAUAGAUGAAACUGACUUUAAGAACAUCUUCCAGGACUUCGAACGAACUCUUGUUCUCAAAUCGUAUGAAAAGUACGCCUGGGAUCAUAAAACAAAUCCAGGUCUUGAGCUGGAACUUAUUCAAUUAGCCUGUCGGUUAAGAAACAGAGACUGCAUCAAACGAGCUCACAAUCAGUAUAAAAACUGGAUAGUAAACGACGUCGAACCACGCGUUGAACUACAAGAAGUGAUUUUGGAAGAAGGAAUUAGACAAGGAGGAGUUGCAGCAUGGGAACGAACCUUAGCAGCAUUCAAAGAAGCCAACACUCCAAUGGAACGCCAAGCUUUGAUAUCAGCCUUGGCUUCUUCUCAAGACACUGCAUUAAUUAAUAGAUUGCUUCGGUUAUGCAUAGAAAGGAAAGGACCUUUCCGAUCUAACAUGAUUCCGAGAAUACUCGCUGCUCUCUCUCAAAAUGAUGUGGCGCGCUCAGCUACUUGGCGGUUUUUCAGAAUGCAUUUUGACGACUUCAGCAGAGUGUUUGGAGAAGGCUCAUCUCUAAUGACUAUGGCGCUGCGAUCAAUCGUUGAACGUCUGAGUACUGAACAUGAUCUCGAAGAGCUUAGAACCUUUUUGAAAGAUAAGAAACUUCACACUUCGCCUGCAAAAAUCAACCAAGUGUACGAACAGAUUGAUCUGAACAUCCAGUGGCGAGCUUUGAAUGAAGAAGCUUUAAAGAAAUGGCUAACCAAAUGGGAUGACAAGCGACGAACGUUAUAUAGAUUUCGGAAACAUAUCUACCGCCAUUAA